AUGGAGCACAAUCAUUGCCGUCAAUGCCAGGGACAUAUUCGAGUGGAGGAGGAGCACUGCUCAAGCCUCCUGAGCUCGCAAGCACGCCUUCCCUUCACAUUGCCACCAAAGUCAAUGCACCAAUUACCUGAGCUUGAUUUUGAUGGCAAUGAGCAGCCGGUAUAUGGAGCUAUCACCCCCAGUAAAGUUAGAGACGACGAUGCUUCGGCUUUCGACUCAGACACAGAGUCUGAUGGGACGAUCACACUGAGAGCAAACGUGGCUAAGCUCCCAAAUGGGCGAAACACGCAAAGUGCAGAGUUUCCAGGAACAAGUGUUUUUUACAUCAACAAACAUCAAUUUCACCGCGUGUACCCCAAGCUUACACAACGGAUUGUUCAGCAAGAGCAUCGACAAGAAUUGCUGCAUCGAAAGUUGCGCUCAUGCCUCCUCCAAAACAAACAGGCUCUGAAGCUUUUUCUCUCCAAAGAGGUGCAGAAAAUUAGCGAGGCGAUUGACGACGUCUUUGCAGAGCAGGAAGUGCAGCUCGAUUGCUUCUUGAAGGAUCGCAAGGAAGAGUUGGCCAGGGCCCCGGAGAGCAUGUGGGAUUUCCUUGAGUCUUGCCUUUCAGAGUUGGAGCAUGCCGCAGGUGUGUAG